AUGGCAGCAGCGGUUUAUCUUCGAUCGACUUCGGCCGAUGGGACAACAACCGUCACCCUCGUCUGUUCAAAGACCAAGGUCGCACCUCUCAAGCGACUCACAAUACCGAAACUUGAGUUGUCGGCAGCCCUUCUACUGGCAAAAUUGAUGUCAAGCGUUCAGAGAACGCUGGAAUUGUCGGAGGAGGGAACCCUCCGAGCGGGCGGCCGACUCAAGCAUUCACUCCUGCAGCCCGAAGCAAAACACCCCCCGAUCUUACCACGAACGUUGCGACUAACAGCGUUGGUCAUUUCUGACGCUCAUUCCCGGACCCUUCACGGUGGCACGCAAUCCACCUUGAGCUAUCUUCGACAGUCGUACUGGAUUUUGGGCGGCCGAGCUCCGACUUGGCGCGGACGAGCAGCGAAAACCUACAAGGGCUACCUCGCCGUCUUCGUUUGCUUCGCAACUUCUGCAGUCCACUUCGAACUCGUCACCGACUACACUUCAGAAGCCUUCAUUGCCGCGUAUCGGCGGUUUUCAGGACGGCGAGGCAUCUGCCACACAUUGUACAGCGACUGUGGUACUAACUUCAUCGGAGCUGACGCGGAACUUCGAGCUUUCUUCAGGGCUGGUUCAGCAGAAAUGAACUCUACAAUCACUUCUCUGACCAACCUCGGAACAACGUGGUCCUUUAAUCCUCCGGCCGCACCUCACAUGGGUGGAAAGUGGGAGGCCGCGGUAAAAUCUGCAAAAUUUCAUCUUCGUCGGGUUAUCGUGGACGUUUCGCUCACGUAUGAAGAAUUUACGACUCUUCUUACGCAAGUCGAGGCGAUUCUCAAUUCAAGGCUACUUUGUCCAUUGUCGGACGACCCUGAGGACACUUCGCCUCUUACACCAGGCCACUUCACGACCGGAGAGGCGCUGACAACUGUGCCAGAACCAUCGCUGAUUACGAUUCCGAAAUCUCGACUUUCGAGUUGGCAAUUUCUUCAAGCCACACUUCAACAUUUCUGGCAGCGAUGGUCAACGGAAUGGCCGCUUGCUCGAGUGAUCGAGCUUCACCCCGGAUCCGAUGGCCUCACCCGAGUAGUGACACUUUGUACGGCGACUUCAACCUUCAAGAGACCAACUUCAAAACUGGCGGUGUUUCCAGUGGAAUCUUCAACGACAACGAUCGCCGAGGGCGGGGAGAAUGUUCAGGAUUCUUCUUAG